UCAGAACGCGAUUGCAGUCUGCAGCUCUGUAAUUCGAUAAUACAGUAUAGUGCACCCCUGUUCUUCCUUUUCCUAUCGGUAAUGUUUAGGGUGCGAAGGUCCUAUUAGACAGCCUCGUCGCCGCACGCUCUUGCUGCUAGGUUGCCGCGCUGAGCCUCCUGCGUUUUGUUCCUGCUACGCGUGCCAACCCUGCAUCCAUAUAAAGCGAUGCGUCUUCUUAGGUAUGGAGAAAAUGAAGACCUCUCUUUCGCCGAGUUCGACGAAGACACAAGGCCGCCGUAUGCGAUACUUUCCCACAGGUGGGGAGCGGAAGCGGACGAGGUAACUUUCGAAGACGUGGUAGGGAAUACGGGCAAGAAUAAGCCUGGCUAUGCGAAGAUUCGCUUCUGCGGGGAACAAGCUCAGCGAGAUGGCUUCCAGUGGUUCUGGGUCGAUACCUGCUGCAUCAACAAGGCAAACAAGGCUGAGCUGUCGCUGGCUAUUCAGUCUAUGUUCCGCUGGUACCGCAACUCGGCUCGAUGUUAUGUCUACUUGUCAGACAUCUCGAGCCGACCUUUGGACAUCACCCUAGUUCCACAUGCAUACGAAUCUAAGGUUGAAAAAAGCGAAUGGUUCACUCGAGGCUGGACACUUCAGGAGCUUCUCGCACCGAGCUCGGUCGAGUUCUUCUCACGAGAAUGGGAGAGGCUCGGUGACAGGGAGUCGCUAAAAUCUGUUAUCCACGAAGUCACAACGAUCCCGCACGAAGUCCUUGAGGGAGCCCCCAUCUUCCAGUUUAGUGUCGACGAGCGGUUGCGAUGGAGACAAACUCGGGAUACCAAGGUCAAAGAGGAUGCGGCAUACUCAUUGUCUGGCAUCUUCGACGUUGACAUAGCGCCUGUCUACGGCGAAGGCAUAGAGAGUGCAUUCCGACGGCUCUACGAAAAGAUUCGGCAGCAAGAAGAGUACCUUCGGAAGUGUGAAGAGUGCCUUCUUAACUUAUGUGGCACAAACCCGCGUAAUGAUAAGAAGCGCAUUGAGGACACGAAGGGCGGGUUGCUGAAAGACUCAUACCGUUGGAUCCUUCAUAACAACAGUUUUCGGCAAUGGCACGACGAACUGCAGAGUCAGCUGCUUUGGAUUAAAGGUGACCCUGGUAAGGGCAAGACGAUGCUGCUCUGUGGUAUCAUCGAUGAGCUGCAGGCGUUAAGUGCGAUCGCAAAGACAAACACAGUAUCCUACUUCUUCUGCCAGGCUACCGAUGCGCGCAUCAACAGUGCCACAGCCGUGCUACAAGGGCUGUUGUACAUGCUCGUGAAACAGCAGCCAUCGCUUGCAUCGCAUGUUCGCAAAAAGUACGACGAGGCGGGCAAGAAUGUGUUCGAGGAUACAAACGCAUGGGUUGCUCUAGUAGAUAUCUUCACAGACGUGCUGCGGGACCCGAGCUUGACUACUACGUACCUGAUCGUCGACGCGCUAGAUGAGUGCGUUACUGACCUGCCAAAGCUGCUUGACUUCAUCGCAAAGCAGUCGUCCGCCUCUUCCCGCGUUAAGUGGGUCGUCUCUAGCCGUAACUGGCCAGAGGUCGAGAGACGUCUAGAGCAGGCAGGCCACAAGGUUAAGCUGAGCCUUGAGCUAAAUGCGGCGUCUGUGUCGACCGCAGUCGAAGCCUAUAUUAAGCAAAAGGCCUCUGAGCUUGCGCAGCAGAAUAGGUACGACGAGCGAACUAAGCGUGCCGUGCUGGAGCAUCUAACGUCGAAUGCAAACGACACCUUCCUCUGGGUAGCGCUGGUGUGUCAGCACCUUCAAGCGACAGCGAGACGAAACGUUCUAAAGAAGCUCGAAUUGUUCCCACCUGGACUAGACGCCCUGUACGAGCGGAUGAUGCGGCAGAUUAGCAAGACAGACGAUGCUAGGCUGUGUAAGCAGGUGCUAGCUGCGGUCGCACUCGUGUAUCGGCCAAUCACGCUUAAGGAGCUAGUGACCCUUGUCGAACCGCUUGAAAGCAUAGUUGACGACUUAGAGUUACAGGAGAUUAUCGGCCUUUGCGGCUCGUUUCUUACUUUACAAGAGCAGACUGUGUAUUUCGUGCACCAGUCGGCUAAAGACUUUCUCCUUACUAGGGCUGCUCAGGACGUUUUUCCAGCUGGACAGGAGACCGUCCAUCAGGCUAUCUUUACGAGAUCACUUCAAAUUAUGUCCACAACCUUGCGAAGAGAUAUAUACGACCUAAAGGCGCUAGGCACGCGUAUUAACGACGUUAAGAUUCCUGAGCCAGACCCGCUAGUAGCAUUGCGCUACUCGUGUGUUCACUGGGUCGACCAUCUAUGCGACUUAAAGUCUACAACUUCCGCGAUCUAUGCGGAAUAUCUGCGAGAUGGAAGCAUUGUCGAUACAUUCUUAAGAGAAAAGUAUUUAUACUGGCUAGAAUCUCUUAGCCUUUGCAAAAGUAUAUUAAAAGGCGUAGUCUCGAUAAGUAAGCUACAGGUAUUAGUGCAGGGACAGAGGGAGGUAAGUUUAUUCACUCAGCUUGUAUAUGAUGUAUACCGGUUCGUCAUGUACUACAAACAAGCGGUCGAAAGUAGCCCUCUUCAGGCAUAUGGAUCUGGGCUGUUGUUUAGUCCUAAGCAGAGCAUAGUGAGAAAGCUAUUCCAGCACGAGCGGCUAGAAGGCAUCGCUCUAAAGCUAGGUAUAAGCGACGGCUGGAGCGCGUGUCUGCAGACGCUCGAGGGCCAUAGCGGUUCUGUCAUCUCGGUGGUCUUCUCGCACGACUCGACGCAGCUGGCUUCGGCGUCUGAGGACAGCACUGUUAAGAUCUGGGAUGCAAGCAGCGGCGCCUGUCUGCAGACACUUGAGGGUCAUAGCGGUCUCGUUACCUCAGUGGCCUUCUCGCACGACUCGACGCAGCUAGCUUCGGCGUCUGGCGAUAGCAAUGUUAAGAUCUGGGAUACGAGCAGCGGCGCCUGUCUACAGACGCUCGAGGGUCAUAGUGACUGGGUUAAGUCGGUGGCCUUCUCGCACAACUCGACACGGCUAGCUUCGGCGUCUGACGAUAGCACUGUUAAGAUCUGGGAUGCGAGCAGCGGCGCGUGUCUGCAGACGCUUAAGGGCUAUAGCGGUUCCGUCUCCUCAGUGGCCUUCUCGCACGACUCGACGCAGCUGGCUUCGGCGUCUGGCGACAGCACUGUUAAGAUCUGGGAUGCGAGCAGCGGCGCGUGUUUGCAAAUGCUUAAGGGCCAUAGCGGUUCCGUCUCCUCAGUGGCCUUCUCGCACGACUCGACGCAGCUGGCUUCGGCGUCUGGCGACAGCACUGUUAAGAUCUGGGAUGCGAGCAGCGGCACCUGUCUACAGACGCUCGAGGGCCAUAGCGACUGGGUUAAGUCGGUGGCCUUCUCGCACGACUCGGCAUGGCUAGCUUCGGCGUCUGACGACAGCACUGUUAAGAUCUGGGAUGCGAGCAGCGGCGCGUGUCUGCAGACACUUGAGGGUCAUAGCGGUCUCGUUACCUCAGUGGCCUUCUCGCACGACUCGACGCAGCUGGCUUCGGCGUCUGGCGACAGCACUGUUAAGAUCUGGGAUGCAAGCAGCGGCGCCUGUCUACAGACGCUCGAGGGCCAUAGUGACUGGGUUGAGUCGGUGGCCUUCUCGCACGACUUGACGCGGCUAGCGUCAGCGUCUGAGGACAACACUGUUAAGAUCUGGGAUACGGGCAGCGGCGCGUGUCUACAGACGCUUGAUGUUGGCAAGACUCUUUUCAACUUGUCAUUCGAUGCCACUAGCUCGAGUCUUCUUACAGAAAUCGGAUCUGUCGAUGUUAGUAAAUCUGCCGGUUCUCAUACAGAGAAUGUUGCGGUACUUCAUCGUCCCCAGUACCUAGACGUGGGUGUUAGCUCAGACGACAUAUGGAUCACCUAUAACGGCCAGAACCUGCUCUGGAUACCUCCCGAGUAUCGACCGUCAUGCUCGGCUGUGUGUGAGACUAUGAUUGGGAUGGGUGUUGGAUCAGGUCUAGUAUGGGUUUGUAAAGUUAACCUGAAUAGUUAUUCGGCUAUAUAUUAG